AUGUCUACAGGCGAGGACGUUGCUUUCUCUGAUUCAGAGGAAAGCUUUGUGCACAAAACUAGCCAAGUUUACCUAGGGUUUGUGGAUGCUGCUAUCAAACAGUCUGAUCCACUUUCAACCGAAGACACCUUUAUUGGGGGAGAGCCAGUUUGGCUGCACCCCGAAUCCAAGCCCAAGGACAGCCUUCUUGAGUGUGGUUCCUGUCACACUCCUACCCAUAUGAAGCUCUUGCUUCAAGCUUUUGCUCCAUUGGAUCCUGAUCAAGUCGAUGAAGUUGCAGGAAAACUCAAGGCGAGCUCCACAAAUUACGAUAUAGAUGGAGAAAGAGUUUUGUAUGUUUUUAUGUGCUCCAAGUGCGCAAGGAAGGCAGGCUCUGUUUGCUGUGUUCGUGGCGUAAAGAAAGCUAAUAGAUCAGUGGAUCUGAACACUAAGAUGGAAUCACAAAUUAAAGAAAAGGACUUCAGCAUCAACCCUUUUGACCUCAACCAAAGCUCGGCAAAUCCAUUCGCUGGUCCAGUUGGCGGAUCAGAAACUACCAAUCCUUUCACAAAAUCGGCAGAGAACCCCUUCGAGAAGAAAGUUAACAACUCUCAAAAUAGCCAAGCCGACGGUUCAACCGCAGUGAGUAUGAAGGUGGCAAGAAAGGAACAUGACGCACUUCCUAAUAGGAAGUUCGAAAAAGGUUAUCCUGGUUAUUUUCUAUAUGUGGAUGAAGAAUCGUUCAAAAAUAAGAUCCCCGAUCACCUCAAACUUCCCAAAAACUUGAAGAUAGACAAUACUGUUCUGGAUGUGAACCCCGAAGAGGACGAUUCUUUGAGCUCCUCGAAGAUUACCCUGGAUCCUAGAACUGAAAAGCUCUCAAAGUUUUUGGACGAUGACGUAUUUCAAAAGUUUCAAGAAGUUGCCGGAUAUAACCCGUCACAAGUUCUGCGAUAUGACUUUGGUGGCAAGCCUCUAUACUACGCUGAUACUAAAGUGGACCUCGAAAAAAUAGUUCCAGCUCCGGGAUUCAAUCCUUCUUCUAAAAGAGUUUUUGAAUUGCAGUUGAUGCCUAAGAUGAUAUUAGAUUUGGAGGAUACUGUGGUGGAGAAAGGGGGUAUGGAGUGGGGAACAAUAAUGGUGUUUACUGACAUUGAAAACUAUACCCCAAACUUUGAUGAGCGCGGGGUGGGGUACGUUUCGGAAUGUGUCAGAGUUCAAUGGGAACCAGAAUGCUAA